UUGGUAUUUUUGCGUGGAGUAAAUGAAACUUUUGAAGUGACACAAGAGCUGGCUGGCAUUGAGACCCUUUUUGGUACUACUCAAGGAGAAGAUCUCUUUUCUGCUGUUGAGAGAGUGUUGGGAAAAAUAUUAAUUAAAGUGGGAGAAGAUGGCGGAGCGCCGGCAAUGGUAGGGAGGAAAUCUGGCCUUGCUACUUUUGUGUCUCAGAAAGUCAGUGAAUGUGGAGGAAAAGUUGUUAAGUACCACUGCAUUUUGCAUCAAGAACAACUAUGUGCUAAAUCUGUCAGGCUUGUGGAUGUGAUGCGUGACGUCGUCAAAAUUGUCAACAAUAUACGCUCCAAGGCGCUUUCUCACCGACAGUUCAAGGCACUGAUGGAUGAGAUGGAUGCGCAAUAUGGUGAUGUGUUGUACCACUCAGCCGAGGAAAAGUUCUCAGGAGAUUUUUUGAUCUGCGUAAUGAGAUCAGAGUUUUUCAGGAAAGCAAGGAUGGUAAUAUUCAAGUGCCCACUGAUAAGAAAUGGCUCUCUGACCUGGCUUUCCUUGUGGAUGUAACAGAGAUGCUCAAUGUUUUGAAUGUUCAGCUCAGGAAAGGACCAGAUUAUCACCCAGCUUUUUGAUCACGUCAGAGCCUUCAAACAAAAACUACUGCUGCUCAGAAGGAAAUGUAGCCCAUUUUCCCUGUCUUGGAGAGGUAGGCAUGGUGAAAGAGAAGGUCCAUGAGUAUGAUGCUGUUCUCAGCAAACUUAUCCAGGAGUUUGACAGUCGCUUUGAGGACUUCAGACACAACACUGCUGACUUUGAGUUGUUUGCUCAACCCUUCACCAUCAGUGUGGAUGCAGUCAGAGAUGAUCUUCAGAUGGAACUAAUUGAGCUUCAGUGUGAUUCAGAACUGAAACACAAGUUCACAUCCCUUCCUUUGACAGACUUCUACAAAUGUGUCCCAGCAAACAGGUACCCAAAGAUGUGUAAGCAGGCACAAGUGAUGCUGUCUCUGUUUGGCAGUACCUACCUCUGACGCAAAAUAACUGACUCUCACCUACAUAAUAUCUUGUCUUUGUCUGUAAGUCAGCUACAGCCCAAUCUUGAGAAACUUCUGAAAAAUAAGGACCAGCUCCAUAUCUCUCAUUAGGUCACUGACAUUGCAACCACAUGGUUUUAUUAUUGCUAGUGUAUUUGGUAUUGAACACUUGGGGAUUGUUUGUUUUUAUUGUAAUAAGUUCAUUAAAAUGCAAAACUUUACAAAUAAAACUGCAUUAAGUUGAUCAGAUUAAAGUUGUUUUAUAUU